GCUAGUGCCGGCAAGGCACUCCCCAAGACUAGUUCGUUUCUGCUUUGGAAAGGAUUAGAUCGACCGCAACCUUUGCUUUCCAUUUCUUUCUUUAAUUUUUAAGCAGAAACCGUGAUGUUAUCGGGCCUGUCUGGAACAAGCAUCUAUCGCAUCAACCCGGUCCAGACAGGAAUUGGAACCGGAGUGAAGCGAAGACCAGAAAGUGAGAAUUGUGUUUAGGGUUUAUACGAGACCGCGAAUUGGAUGCUCGACAGUCGACUCCUCUCGAACUCUUCCACAAUCCAUGGAUCCCAAGGGUACCGAUUCUCUGCUCUGUUCUUCUUCUUCCGAGUUCCUUAUCUGCUCUCUCUAUUAUAAUGCCGUAUCUCUUUGUGGUUCCUAGGAGUUUCUAGGGUUUUAAUUCCCUUCUCUCACCUGAUAGACGAAGAAAUUAAGGAAUAGAUACAAAUUUCGAUUCAAAAAAACUCUUUUUGAGGUUUAAUCCUGGCUUUACCUUAUCGGAAUUGAAUUAUUCUCCUCAAUUUCUUCAAUUGAUCGCCUAAAACGGUCGAGCAGGCCACAACCUUUGAUCGAAUAAUCCUUUUGACUAGUUCCCACUGGUCUGGGAAAUCAAUGGUGGGAUCACUCUGUCAUUUCUGCUGAUCUCCAGAAUCGACAUAAAAAAUUGGAAUUUCCCAUAAAUAGAGGAUCUUGAUGCGUAGAGUUGUUCCUUUUACGCUCUUAUUUGAUUGUGUGCAUUUGGAUUAGAGAUGGGUCUUCUCUGUCACCUACAUCCACUAAAAAAGACCGCAACAAAUGCUGUUAAUUCCUCUGAUAAAUUCACAAAGUUCGUUUCUUGGCGCACCUUUCCUCAUAGCCCUGCUCUUGUGGUUAGAUCUAUCAAUCCUUUCCCUAAAUUAUAUGAUGGAAUUUCUAAUGGGAGUUUGAUGCCUGUCAGCAAGCAAAUGCACCAACGCAGUGGCAGUCAAUUUGAGUUUCGUGGAAUGAGCUUUCGGCUUGGUUUUCAGAAAUCCUUUCACAAUCCGUCAAAAACCCAAUUUUUUGUUGAGCCUGCAUCUGCCGAGGAAACCCCAACUUCAGAUAGCAGGCAAAUCUUAGAAGAUGCUGAAAAAAUUUGGGAGAUUCUCUCCAACCAGUCCAAUUCUAGCAUCCCAUCUUCCCUAGAUGAAGCUGGAGUGUCAGUUUCGCCAGUCAUUGUGGCAGAAAUCCUUAAGAAGCUAAGCAAUGCAGGAACGCUUGCACUGGCAUUCUUUCGUUGGGCUGAGAAGCAGCAAGGUUUCAAGUAUAGCACUGAGAGCUUCCAUCAUCUAAUCGAAGCACUUGGCAAGAUUAAACAGUUUAGAUUAAUCUGGAGUUUGGUGGAGUCUAUGAAGCACAGGGGUCUGUUGACCAAAGAUACCUUUGCACUGAUCACUCGGAGGUAUGCCAGAGCUAGGAAGAUCAGAGAAGCCAUUGACACUUUUGAGAAGAUGAGUAUGUAUGGGUUGAAUCCGGAAUUAUCGGAUUAUAACUGGUUGAUUGAUAUUAUGAGCAAAUCCAAGCAUGUUAAGAAGGCCCAGGAGAUCUUCAAUGACAUGAAGAGGAGGAGAAGAUUCACUCCUGACCUGAAGACCUACACCAUUCUUUUGGAAGGUUGGGGGCACGAACUGGAUCUGAAGAGGUUGAAGGCAGUUUAUCAAGAAAUGAUCGAUGAAGGCUUCAGACCAGAUGUUGUGACCUAUGGGAUACUUAUAAAUUCUUUCUGCAGGUCCAAAAGAUGCGAUGAGGCCAUAGAGAUCUUCCAUGAGAUGGAGACAAAAAAUUGCAAGCCAAGUCCUCACAUAUAUUGUACUCUGAUCAAUGGCUUGGGUUCCGAGAAAAGAUUGAGUGAAGCUUUGAAGUACUUUGAGCUAUCUAAAGCUGGUGGUUUUGCCCCCGAAAUACCUACUUAUAAUGCUGUAGUGGGUUCUUACUGUUGGGUCAUGCGAUUUGAGGAUGCUUUUAGAGUGGUCGAUGAAAUGAAGAGAUGUGGGAUUGGCCCGAACACCCGUACUUAUGACAUAAUUCUGCAUCAUCUUAUAAAAGCCGGCAAGACAGAAGAUGCCUAUCGGGUUUUCCAGAGGAUGGGCAGGGAGGCCGGUUGCGAGCCCCAGCUUAAUACAUAUACUAUGAUGGUUAGCAUGUUCUGUACUGAGGAAAGAGUAGAUAUGGCUUUGAAAGUAUGGAAGCAGAUGGCCGAGAGGGGAGUUCUUCCUUGUAUGCACAUGUUCUCAGCAUUGAUCAAUGGACUAUGCUAUGAGAACAGGCUGGAUGAUGCUUGCAAAUACUUCCAAGAGAUGCUGGAUAAAGGGAUUAGACCUUCAGGCCAGUUAUAUGGUAAAUUAAAAGAAGCUCUUCUUGAUGGUGGAAGGAAGGAUUUGGCCAUUGAUAUGGGUCUGAAGCUGGAGAGACUAAGGAAGACCUUAAUACAAGGUUAAGGAUAAUGGUUAACAGUGCGGCAUAAGUUUUUUUUCACUGUUUGACAUGUUAUCCUUCCAUAUGUUAUUCCUCAAGCACAUUGGUUUGCCUAGAAAAAAAAGGGACAAAGCUAUGCUGCCCAGGUGGGUGAAAACAUCACAGUUUUUUCAGUAUUGUUACCAAUAUUUGCGAAAUACAUGGAACAGCAGGAAUAUAUCAAAAAGUUUCAGAAGCUACUGAAUUUUUUUCUAUAGCUAUUAUACUGUCUCAGGCAGCCUAACAAGGUAUAUCAUUACUAGGGAGAGUAAAAGUUGCUCUGGUGAGAGUAGGUUGCAUAGGUUUAGGGUAAGCAUGUUUUAAUUUAAAUCAGUGUUUCUCUAAACUCUGACUGAAGCUUGUGCUUCAAGUAGCAAAUUAUUGUCAUAUAAGUCUGGUAAGCACCCAUCUGCGAAGUCUAGAGAAUCUUGGCUGCUUGCAGAAUUGACAAAAUGGCAAUGUAUCCACAGUUGGGCUCAA